UAAGAUACCUCACAGCAAUUAAAAUUAAAAAAAUUGGGGGCUGACAGGGGCUGGGAGAGUUGGAGUGUAACUCGACAGAAAAAACUAUUGACCUACACAUAAGAGGGGUUGCUGCUGCUCGCUCAUCAUCUCUCCUCCCAGCUGCUGUAUCUGAGGAAUACGUGCAUCGCUCAUUCAUUAAUCAACAGUGGUCAGUGAAAACUACCCUCACUACCGAGAAUGAAGUUUACCAUAUUGCAGUGGUUGCUGCAAAUGUAAGUCACUCUCUUAUUAAUCUGAAAGUUUAUUAGGGACUUUGAGGGGUGCGCAAUGAGGGGGCACGCCAUGCACCUGCACACGGGAGGGCAUUGCACCCCACUGCCUCCGCAUUGGCGACGGGCCAGUAGCCUACUGUGAGCUGCAGCCAGGAAUACUUGCAGCGACUAGCCCGGUAUCAAACAUCAAACAACACGGCCAACAGGAAGAGCCGAGAACUCGUCCUCACCUGGCGCACUGAAUCCAAGUUCCACCUGGAUUAACCGCUGCUAGGUGACACCCUGUGGACCACAGACAGCUGUUUGGACAUCUGGAUUCACCAAGUUGGUGGAGAGCACUGCAAGAGCUAAAGGGACUACAAUUUGACUCGGAGCUAGCUCUUCUUCUCCUGGACAGGUGAGAAUGACAAAGAGCGACACUGGAGUGCAGAGCAUCCGAGAAGCGCUGACACGGCACAAUGAAGAAGACGAUGACGAUGAGGAAGAAAAGCUGACAGAAGACAAUGAGCCCAGAGCCUGUGGUGUGUGUGGAGAUCUGGCCAAAGGUUACCACUUCAACGCUCUGACGUGCGAAGGCUGCAAGGGCUUCUUCAGACGUGCCAUAAAGAAGUCAGGGCAGCUCCGCUGUAGGUUCCUGAACAAAUGCAGUAUAACCAAAAACAACAGACGGUCGUGUCCAGCCUGCCGCCUCCGUAAAUGCCAAGCUAUCGGCAUGCGCCAGGAAAUGGUCAUGUCUGAGGAGGAGGUAUUGGAGAGGAGGAUCAGAAUCAAGACAAGGAAAAUGCUUGAAGCACCAGCACAGCUCUCAUCCCAACAAGAGGAAACCAUUCAGGAGCUCCUCCGUGGCCACCGCAACUCUUUUGACUCAGCCUUUUACCGCUUCAGCGGUUUCAGGCCCAUGGAUAGAAACGUUCUCUCUGUGAGUGAGUACAACCAGUCUGAAAACUCCCUCUCCUCCUUUUCCUCCUCCCUCUCGCCCUCCUCCUCCACUCUCUCCGGUUCCUUUGAAAAACAAGAAAACCCAGAGGUCAGAGAAGGUAGCGUUUUCACCGCUCUUCCGCACGUGGCUGACCUCACCACUUACAUGAUACAGGACAUCAUUAGUUUCUCCAAAAGUCUUCGGGACUUCCGAUCUCUAAGCAUCGGAGACCAAAUUUCUCUGCUGAAGGGAGCCACAUUUGAAAUUAUGCAGAUUCGUUUCAACAUGGUGUUCAACGCAAAAACUGGCAUCUGGGAAUGCGGCCAUAUUACGUACUGCAUAGAUGACGCUGUACGAGCGGGUUUCCAGCCGCUUCUGUUAGAGCCUCUGCUCAGAUUUCACCACACACUGCGCAAACUGGGCCUGCAGGAGGAGGAGUACGUCCUCGUGCAAGCCAUGUCCCUGUUUUCUCCAGACCGUCCAGGUGUGCAGCAACACAAUGUGAUUGACCAGCUUCAUGAAAACGUGGCGCUGACACUAAAAACCUGGAUUGACUGCAGGAGGACAGGACCAGAGAAACACUUGCUGUACCCCAAAGUGAUGGCCUGUCUCACCGAGAUGAGGACAAUGACCGAGGAGUACAGUAAACAGGUUCUGCAGAUCCAGGACAUCCAGCCAAAUGUUAUCCCACCUCUCAUAAUGGAGAUGGUCAGUAAAAGCCCCUGUAGUGACUUGUAAUACUGACGUCUGCUGUACAUGGACGGGACCAGCUGAAUGUGCUCAUGUACAUAUGUGUCAAAAUCCAAAAGAGUGCAUGUGAUGUCUAAAGCAUAGACCACACAAAAUCCUGAACAGAUGAAGAUGAUCGUUAAUCCCACCGUCUGAGUCCUGCUGAAAUGUAAACUAUCAUCUGUUCUCUGCACACUACCCACUGUUGUUCUGUUAACUGGCUACAGUACAGGUGGAUUAUGGUGGAUUUGCCAUUUGUGUGUUACAGUAAGUACAGACUUUGUCUCCACGAAUGAAUGUUGACUUAAAGUUGUGAGGUUUUAUGUUUUUUCUAGAUGUCGCACACAGAACUGUCAGAGACCGUGAAGUAUUUUUUCUCAGAGAAUUUAAAAAGCUGUUGCUGUAAAGACAAUAAUGUGUUUUAUAUUUGUUACCUCAAGUUGUGUUUUGAUGCCAGAAAUGCUCUACACUUAAUGUUAU